AUGCUCAGCUCAGUAUACACGUAUUUAGACCGAGCUUACCACAGUCAACAUGAAAUCUCCCAUGAAGUUUCAGGAUGGCCGCAAGGCAAGCUCAUCAUCGGCAUUGACUUUGGCACUAAAUACUCGGGCAUCGCCUGGGCAGGAACCCAACAGCCGGACAGGAACACGGCUAUCACCACUUGGCCUGUCUGCGCCGCCUCGUCGGAAGGCGAGUCGUCUGCUAAGGUACCGACCACGCUGAGAUAUACCAAGAGAGAAGUCCAGUGGGGGUUCUCGAUCCCUGGAAACGUCCCUGAGGAUGAGAUUGUCGAAUGGUUCAAGCUUGACCUUUACAAAACUACGAAGGCUAUGACCCAGAGUAGUCAGAAGCUGUCUGCCCGUGGUGGCCGUGAUCCGGCCCAGUUGGUGACUGACUUUAUGGAGCGUCUCGGUGCUCAUCUACACUACAUUCUUCAGUACAAGCUCGGAGACACCGUACUCAAAUCUAAACCCAUGGAGUUUAUUGCCACCGUGCCUGCCAUGUGGAGCGAUAGUGCCAAAGAUCUCACAAGGCACGCGUGUCAGAACGCACCCUCGCUUGGUGCAAAUGGCCGGCUAAUCCACUUCAUCUCGGGGCCAGAGGCGGCCGCACUCUAUGCGCUCCAAGGUCUUGAUCCUCAUGGAUUGAAAGUCAACCAAACAAUCCUCCUUGUCGACGCAGGUGGCGGUAUAGUCGACUUGAUUGCUCACAGAAUCACGCAGCUGAAGCCAAUUCUGGAACUUGAGGAAGCUGCUCCAGGAACAGGUGGUAUUUUCGGCUCAUGUUGGCUCAACCGCCGAGUUGAAAAGUUCAUGCAAGACAAGCUAUGUCAUCUCGACUGUUUUGACCAGGAGGUUGUCUACGAAACCGUUGACGUAUUUGAGAAGAAAAUCAAGCGCCAAUUCGCUUCCAAGACUCCGGACGACGAGACCUUCACUUUCCCCUUGGGCGGCGUGGCCAAUUCGGCACAGCUAGGAGUCUCCCGAGGGAGGUUUGCCAUGAAAGCUUCCGACAUUCGCGAGAUCUUCAGGCCUGUUGUGAACCAGAUCAUCAAGCUCAUCAAGGCUCAGCUGCAGUCUAUAAGAACUCCUGUCACGGCUAUCUUACUCGUUGGAGACUUCGGAGCCUCGAUGUACCUGAGAGACAGGAUCACUGACGCGGGUGAUACCGUGUUGGAGGAUAGAUCCGUGCCUAUCUUCUACGAGCUCACUCAAGCCGUCCACCUCGGCCGUCCCUUUGAGCUCGAAAUAGCAAUCAAGUACGACCGAGCAAACAGAAACCUGGCGGGCGCGGUCAUCACUAAGGGCAAAGACGUGCUUGAUUUGUCCACGCUUCGCGCAGGGCUUGGAAAUAUUCCAGAAGAGUCUCUAUCGCAGAGUCUCGGUGCAGACGGAUUGCAACACUAUCGUCUGCAGUGUGAGGUACAUGCGACAUUCAAGUCUGCUUCGAUUGAAUAUUCGCUCCACUACCAUGGUCGGAGGUACCACAGCGUUACUUGCGAGUAUGUCUAG